CGCCAACUGGAUUCGCUGUACAGAAAAUGCCUGAAUCACGCGAUGACUACGGUCGGAGACGACACCGGUCUCCGUCCGGCUCGCCAGCUCCCGACCGUGACCGACGACAGCGACUUCGCGACGACGACCGUGGCAGCGGUUCAGGACGCCGCGACUCUUAUCGAAGCUCCCGCAGAGACAGCUCUCAAAAUCGGUCAUCCCGCAGUCCGGCCGAUCGAGGUAGCCACAGGAGAGAUCACGACCGCCGUCGCAGAGAACGCAAAGAACAGGGAGAUGCCUCCGGGGACGACCAAAGACGACGUCGACACACUUCCGACAGAGAAUCUUCAUACCGUCGUCAUCGCGACCGGGAUUCCUACGACAAGAAGGAGAGGUCUUCUCGAAGACGUCGCGAUGGCUCGCGAUCUCGCUCACCUGCAAGACGCUCGCGGAGCCCGGACACGCGUGCUCCAGUACGAUCCAAGCAACCCCUACCUCCUCAAAAUGACGCAUAUACCUCAUCCGAAGUGGCACGGACGGGAGAGUCGGCGGGCCCUCCUCCCGAGAAGGAGAAGCCCAAUUUCGGUCAAACCGGGCGGUUGGCUGCAGAGAGCAAUACUGUGAACGUGAAUGGAAGCUCUAUUGUUCUCAAGUACCACGAGCCUCCGGAGGCACGCAAACCCCCAGCAAAAGAACCUUGGCGGCUAUACGUGUUCAAAGGAAAGGAUCUCCUGGAGAUGGUGGAAUUGGGAAUCCGCAGUUGCUGGCUCGUAGGGAGAGAGCAAAUGGUGGUUGAUUUCCCCCUGGAACAUCCAAGUUGCUCUAAGCAGCAUGCCGCGCUUCAAUUCCGCUUCGUCGAGAAGCGGAAUGAAUAUGGUGACCGAAUCGGACGUGUUAAGCCCUACCUUAUCGAUCUGGAGAGCGCCAAUGGCACGACAGUGAACGGUGAUGCAAUUCCUGCUGGACGUUAUGUUGAGUUGCGGGAUAAGGAUGUGCUCCAGUUUGGCUUGAGCUCUCGGGAAUAUGUUCUCAUGCUACCCGAGCCUGAAUAGGCCUUUAACUUGGAAUGGUUUAUUUCGACCUAUCCACGCUACGAAUAUGCUGGGGCAUGGCCCCAAGUUCACAUAUACAACUCAUCCCAACUCAUACCUCGUCAGUCUACCAUGUGCUUAUCAAAGCUCCGGAUAAAUGUGUCGUCCAAUGCUUGCAUUUCUAGCUGGCUGGUCGAGAUAACGGUGUUGGUGAACUUGGUAAUGGCUGCUGCGAGAUCACUACAAGUGAUUCGCAUGGUCUGACUGGUUACUGUGUCGGGCCGACAGAUCAUUUUUAUUUUCUGGACCCAGGAGGUCUGAUUGCUAAUGAAGCCGAUUACCCGUCUGCAUUCUUACGUAUGAAAGAUUACGAAAAUGACGCACGUAUAGGAGACAAUAGCUCUAAAUGAGAGAAAGAGUAU